AUUUUACUUUAUUUACUGACAGUAGUCCAGCCUGUUUUCGAACACGCGUUGUGAGAUGCUCUUCAUCUGGUCGAGUCGAUUCUCGCGAUUCCACGCGUAUCGACCGUGUUCGACGAUUCCGACUUUAAUCUCGGCGACUGCUGCGAGACACGAGCGGAUCUGACAAUGUGGCACCUGCGGCAAAAAGAGGAUUUCUAACCUGACUCUCUCUUGAGCGCGCUGCGACCGAUCACCCAGGGUGAAGGAGCGACAUUAUGUCCUAGGACACGAAUUUUCACGCGGUGCACCGGGUAGAGACGCGCGUGUGUCAUAUCGUAAUUAUGUCUGCAUGCGGUGAGGAACGAAGAUGAAUCUGCCGUUGGUCGUUUUCGGGGUCCUCUGCUUCCUGGACGUGUUCAGGUCCUCGUACGCGUGGGACAACGACGAGCUGGAAGUGUUCGACGUCGUUGAGGAGGUCAAUCAAAAUUUCUACGAUGUGCUGGGCGUUACGCAGUCCGCGAACGCCUCGGAGAUCAAGAAGGCCUUCAGGCGUCUGUCGUUGCAACUGCAUCCGGACAAAAACCCGGCGGAGGAUGCGGAGCUGCAGUUUAGAAAGCUAGUCGCCGUUUACGACGUUUUGAAAGAUCCCGGGAAACGGCAAAAGUACGAUAAUGUGCUCGUUAAUGGACUGCCAAAUUGGCGAUCGGCGGUGUAUUACUACCGUCACGUCCGAAAAAUGGGAUUACUGGAGAUGAGUGUUAUCCUGUUCACAGUUAUCACGAUAGGGCAAUAUCUCGUAGCUUGGGCGGCGUACUUUGAAAAACGGUACACUUACGAACAAGUAUUAGGUAGCAAACUUCAAAAGAUGCAGAAAAAGAAUAGAAAGAGCAAGAUAGACAUUCCAGAUUUGGCUGACAUUUUAGAAAAGAUUCCUACUCCAACUAUGUGGAACACUCUUCCAUUUCAGUUACCAAAGUGGAUAAUAGGUUCUAUAAUAGCUAUCCCUUCUUCAAUUCGUCUCGUCAUUCAACUCUUGAAAGAGAGGAAAGAAAAGAGAAAGCAAGAGGAAGAGGAGGCAUUAAGAGAAGCACAAGAGAACGAACAGCCUGAACCUGAAGUAACGACGCGUACUAUCAGGAAACGUAGAACUGGUUUUACUCCGCAGGAAAGAAGCGGUAAUAAUUCUAAGGAAACUACAAAGAGAGAGGACUGCGAUUACACGAAUCACGUCUACGACAAGACCGUCCCGGUAUCCGGCGGCUUGUGGACCGACAACGAUAUAUUAGAACUGAUAAAAUGUGUGAAGAAGUAUCCCGGCGGGACUCCAGAACGGUGGGAGAAAAUCGCGAGCGUUAUGAAUCGUACCGUCACGGAAGUUACGCACAUGGCUAAAAAGGUGAAAGAGGAAGGUUUGAAGCCUGCCGAAUCGGUGGAGGAAGUCUCUGCGGACGAAAAACCGAAGAAGAUUAAGACUCGCAGUGAAAAUACGGUCAGCGCCACUGAGUGGAGUCAAGAGCAGCAAAGGGCAUUAGAAGCGGCUCUGACGAAAUAUCCCAAAGGUGCAUCUGUAGAUAGGUGGGAAAAAAUUGCAAAUUGUGUCGAGGGGAAGACAAAGGAAGAAUGUCAAGUCCGCUAUAAACAAUUGGUGGAAUUAGUGAAAAAGAAGCAGCAAUCUCAAUAGUUCAAUUUGUAUAGAAUCCUGUUUUCUCGAAAAUGUACUUUGUACCGUCGAGCCAAGAAAUAGUAUUAUUGAACAGUACCAUAAGUGCGCGGAAGCGGGAAAAAAGUAAUAUUUUCUGGUUAAACUUAAAAAUAUCAAUUCGUCUUUCUUUUGAAAGAUCAUAAAUUUCAUACUGAUUUUUUUAAUACAAAUGGUGUGUCAACCGUGUUACAUGUUACAUGAAUAUGCGCCCGUGAGCAAACUCGGUUAUUAUAAGUCGGAGAUAAAUUUAAGAGGAAAGAAUAAAUUAAAUAGGAAAAUUUUUCCUAUGUCAUCUUAUUAAAUGUUAUCGAGAAUGUAUUUAUUUAAUAAAUUUAAUAAUUAAUCAAGA